AUGGAGGAGAGGAACGCAAUUCAAGGACACUUUCAACACCUCAAGGGGAGGAUGAACAAGUUCAGAGCCGCGCAAGCGAAGCGCCUGGGAGAGCUUACUCAGGAACAACUAAAAAUGGCGAAUCAAAUCCUAACCCUGGCGGAGCUUGCGAGGAAGGCCGAGACCGAGCAAGAGAAGGCAAUAUGGCAUGCCUUCACUUCAGCUGCCACGCACCGGUCAAAAGCCUGUUCUGCUGAUCAGCAAUAUCUGGCGGGAAAAUGGCGCCAAGCAGAUCUGGGGGAAAUUCUGUCCACGCAUCAUGACGUACUGCCGUUCUACGUUAGUGCCAACACUGAUGAAGUGGAAGAAGAGGCGGAGAGAAUCUUGAAGGCGGAGCGGGAUCUCAUUGGUGGUAAGAAGAAGCCCAAAGGGGUAGGGGAGGAGGAAGCUGUAGCCCCAAGUCCUUUGCAAUCGUCAGCCUGGGGGAAGAACGGCCAGCCGGUGCCAAGAUGGAACCACCUAGAUAAUUUUCACAAGCGCUACAACAAGGCAAGUGAAGGGCGCAAUACCUGA